AUGGUGGAGACGGGCGGUCGCCACCUCUUUGAGGCGUUAACCCUCUGCGAGGUGAUUCUCUCCCGCUACAAGCGAUGCAACUUGCAACUUGACGAAACAGAAAAGAAGGCGUUUCACGCGCUUUCUGAGCGAUUUCAUGAAAUUGCGCCUGGUGCAGCGGAGGAUUCUGCGUUGUACGCCAAACGACAUGACGGCGUAACCGCGGCUCCGGUGGUUCCGGCGAUCGGGGCGGCGGUUCAGUCUCCCAUUGAGUGCGUUACAAGGCUAAUGGAAAAAUGUAUUGACCUCCUCCUCCCCAUUAAAGAGGUCCUGAUGAUGCUCAAUGAACAGCUAUCCGCAGUGCUGCGGGCCGACCAUACACGCACUUACUAUCUUGACCCCGGUGACGAGCUGCUUCUCGACCCUGUGAAUGGCGUAGCGGCGCCGGCGGACGAAAGCACGCCGCUGGGUAAAUCACUGACCUCCAUGGAGUCCUUCAGCAUCGCCGGGACGCUGUACAUACCACUGUCGCACAAAGGCAGAGUCAUCGGCUGCGUCGAAAGCCCUUCUGGUAGGACCGACUACCACAGUAACACACUAAUCGAUGGUGUUCUGCGUGUAACUGCAACUGUGCUUCACAACGCCAUUGAGUCGGAAAGACUGAACUGGAACAAGGAAAAGGCAGAGGCCAUGCUGACAAUGGCGACGCAGCUCGCCCGUGACAACCUGGACGAGGCCGUGCUUGCCAACUCCAUCAUGAACACCGCCAAGGCGCUCACGGAGAGCGACCGCUGCAGCAUCUUCCUCGUCAAGGACGACACACUGGAGGCCCACUUUGAAGAUGGCAAUAUUGUCACCAUCCCGAUUAGCGCGGGUAUUGCGGGAUUUGUGGCCCAGUCAGGUGAAACAGUAAACAUUUCCGAUGCGUACGCCGACGAGCGCUUCAACCGCGAGGUGGAUAAGGCAACUGGAUACCGCACCAAGACGAUUCUCUGCAUGCCUGUGACGUAUGAGGGCUCGAUUGUGGCCGUUGCCCAGUUGAUCAACAAGCUGGACAUGGUGACGGAGAGCGGCCUGAGACUGCCACGCACCUUUGGCAGGCGCGACGAGGAGCUUUU